AUGAUGAAUUCUUCGCUUGGGAACGAAAGAGAUCAUCAAAAAGCUAAUGAUCUCACCAUGGUACCGGUAGGAGAUCUUUCCUCGCCGGUUUCGAGCGUCUCUCAAUGCGCGGAUGAAGGAUCCAACAUCAUCACUGCUCCUGAUCUCCCCAUUAUAGAAGGGCACACAGACGAUGAGAAUCAUGAUGAGGGAAAAAGUGUCGUUGUUGGAGAUCUGUCGUCUUCGGCCUCGUCUUACAAACAGAAGUCUAAAAGUGGCGGGUCGAAAAGCAGUCUGAAGAGACGAAGUAGCCCAUCGUCGCGCAAAUCAAGGCAUAGCUCGCAUUCCCACCACUCGAGAUCUCGUUCAAAUUCUCUUGACGAUGACAAUUUGGCAUUGAGUGAUCGGUCUCACCGACAUCGAUCCGCUCGCAGCAGAUCGUCCAAGAUGUCGGAUUCCGAGCGGAGUGAACAAGACAAGCUCAGGUCUCAUCGAUCAUCGGGCCGUAGACCAUCUGCCCAUAGAUCCAGAUCACCCAAGAAAGAUUACUCUUCUGAAAAGAAACGAAAAGGUGAUAGUAGCCGGGCAACCAAGCCUGGUGCUUUUUCUGAAAGUGACAACAAGAGUUCCGGUGAGCGACGAAAGGAACGACACAAUCAUGCAAAGGAAUCCAAUAAGCGAGGCGCAACCCCUCAAAAAUCUAGUACAGCUUCUGAAAAGAAGGCUUCCAAGCCAGGUGCAAUUCCCGAGAAAGCUUCCAGAAAUGCUGGCGAGAGACGAAAGGAAAACAGCAAUUCAAAGGCAUCCAAGCCAGGGGCAGUUCCUUCUAAUUCUAGAAAGAAUUCGGGUGCACAAAGCAAGGAUCGAAGCAAUUCCAAGUCAAGCAAGCCAGGUGCUAUUCCUUCAGAUCUCAUGUCAGCUCGUCAUCGAAGAAAAGACGAUCGGGCUGCAACUUCCAGGCGUGAGCCUGAACUCGAAAUUGAGGCAGUGACUGUUGACGCUGAUGAUAGCACAGAUGACGUUCGACAAAUGGAACGGAUGAUGCGUCAACAAGAAAUCGAAGAACUUGACCAGGGACUUUUGAACGAGAGAGCCGAACGAGAAACAGUAGAAGAGGAGAGAAAGAGACAGCAGAAGCGAAGAAACAAGCAGAUCCAUAUUGCUGUUGUUUGUGCUAUAAUUUUGAUUGCUGCGGGAGUCGGUGCCUACUUUGCUCUCAAGAAGGAUGAAAUUGUCGCACAAUCUCCAUCCAACUCUCCUUCAAUCGUCGAACAGAUCUACGACCCACCAAGUUCUGAGGAUUGUAUUGCCGUUGCUCAAAAUCGAACCACAUCUGCAGAACGGGAAGCAUUGGAUCAAUAUGCUUUUGGUCUUUAUGUAGAUGUUACUUUGGGAACGCAAGCUUUUGAGAUUUCUGACGAACAGGUCUUUGCACUGCAAAUGGCCAUCCAAGAUAAGCUUGUUCCUCUGCUCCUUGGCUGCCCCAGUCUGAACAUUCUUGCCCUUGGUGAUAGUCUGGGUGGCAAUCGCUAUGUGAUUGCCAAUGCCUUUGUGCACGGAUUACCGGUGGACGAUGACUGUACCGAAACAGAUUUCCCUGGACAAUGUCACAGAGUCUUCUUUGACCUAUCUAUUUUUUUAAAGGGGCCCAUCCAACUCUCUUAUAUCACCGAUUUGAUAUUCGAGGUCGAGGAUCAAUUGGUUGAUGGCUAUGACGAUGAGAACUUGAAGCCUUCAUUGGGAUUGGAUUUCCCAUUCUCCGCUGUGCGCUUGGAAAAAGUCGAUCUCUUAUCACCAACCACAUCCCCUUCCACAAUGCCAUCCAAACUUGUAUUCAAUUCCGAUACAGCUAUGCCUUCAAGUACACCUACCAUCACACAGCAGCUAUAUGAUCCGCCAAGUUCUGAAGACUGCAUUGCCGUUGCUCAGAACCGUUCCACGUCUGCAGAAAGAGCAGAAUUGGAUCAGUUUGAUUUUGAUCUCGUCAUGGAUGUCACUUUGUCAACGCAAGAUGAUAUAAAUGACAACCAAGUCUCCGAACUCUUGAAGGCAUUGCAAGAGAAGUUAGCUCCCUCGUUGCUUGGGUGCUCCAGCAAUGGUGGUGGUGUGUUUACUCGAAAGCUACGAAGCGAAGGAUCAUCUUUGUUGAUCCAGGAUAUACUUUCAAACCAGAGACACCUUACCCUUGGUGAUAAUCUUGGCAAAAAUCGCUUUGUGAUUGCCGAUGCCUUUGUACAGGGGAAUCCAGUGGAAGACGUCUGUACGGAAACAAGAUUUGCCGAACAAUGUCACAGAGUUCUUGUACAGCUUUCUGUCUUCUUGAAGGGGCCUAUCGGAGUACUUGCUAUUUACAGGUUGAUCUCAGAAGCCAAGGACGAUUUGAUUAAACAAAUUGAUGUGGAUCAGAACUUGGUUGAUUCACUGGGAUUGAAAUAUCCUUUUUUCGCUGUCAGAGUCGCUUUAAUCACAAUGCCGGUACAUUCUUCUGCUACUCCAACAGUAGUACCCAUGGAUGAAUUCUUUCCAAGCUCGGUUCCAAGUUUGGUUCCAUCCAGCUCGCCAUCCAAGUCCCUGUCUGAGUAUCCAACCUUGGCUCCCGUUUCUGGUCCAACACCUCCCCCGUCUCCACGACCGACUGUUGCACCAUCAGACACUCCAAGCUUAAGGCCUUCAUCUCUUUCCUCUUUCUCACCAACACGGGCACCUGUGGCUGGCCCAACGCUCUCACCAUCAACCACACCAUCAACCACACCAUCAACCACACCAUCUGCAAUACCAUCCACAGUGUCAUCGGUUGCUCCCAGUGCAACUCAAAGUCUACAGCUUUCAUUGCUACCUUCCGUGUCACCAACGUUGGUGCCUGUCGCUGGUCCAGCACUUCCGCCGUCAAUUGCACCAUCCACAAUGCCAUCUGCUGCAACCAGUGCGGCUCCCUCUUUCAUUGCAAGUGAAGUGCCAUCUUCUGAUCCAUCUUUCAUUCCGAGUAUGGCGUUGUCCUCCAAUCCAUCAAUUGAGGCAAGCAUGAAUCCAUCUAGCCAGCCAUCAACGAAGCCAAGCUUGAUGACAUCUGUCUCUCCAUCAGUCGACGUCUCGCAGUCUCCAUCCAUUUUUGAUCCAUGUUUUCAAACCAACACUGAGCUUUCCACCGCUGUCCACAAUUGGUUUGAUUCAGGUCUAAAGGCAUCUGUCGAGAGCUCAUAUGGACCGAUCGGGGACUGGUGUUUUGGUGUUGGUGUGACCAGCAUGGCAAACCUCUUUGAGAGUAGAGGUACCUUCAACGAGGAUAUUUCAAACUGGGAUGUUUCAUCAAUCACCAAUAUGGCAAAAAUGUUCCGCUUUGCAUCAUCAUUCAAUCAGGACUUGUCGUCAUGGGAGGUUUCAUCGGUGACAAACAUGGAGUUUAUGUUUGAGCGCGCGCACCAGUUCAAUCAAAACUUGCCAUCCUGGGAUGUUUCAUCUGUAACUAACAUGAGUGGAAUGUUCGCAUAUGCAACCGUUUUCAAUGGAGACAUAUCAUCGUGGGACGUUUCUGCGGUAACCAGAAUGGGGGGUUCUUCAAGGUUGUAUGGUAUGUUCGCCGAAGCAUACGCUUUCAAUCGACCGUUAUCAACAUGGGAUGUUUCGAAUGUUGUCGAUAUGGGUGGUAUGUUCUUUAAGGCAAAGGUUUUCAAUCAAGAUUUGUCGUCAUGGGACGUUUCUUCAGUGACCAACAUGGCAUCAAUGUUCAGUGACGCAUACGCCUUUCAAUCUGACUUAUCAUCAUGGAAUGUUUCAUCUGUUCAAAGCAUGAGCAGUUUUUUCCACAGGGCCAGCAGAAUUAACUUUAACCCUGCAUCAUGGGACGUGUCAUCUGUGACGGACAUCAGUCGACUGUUCCACAGAACAUCUUUCAAUCAUAAUAUUUGCAGUUGGGGAGCGAUACUUUCACCCAGUGUCAUUAUUGAUGAGCCUUUUGGGAAUACAAUGUUUGGCCGCUCGGGCUGUCCAGUGAAAAGCAGUGCCAACAUGUCUGCGGUUCCACCAGGUCCAUUUUGCUACGAAUGCAUUUAA